AAAUUCCAAACAUGCGGUUUAGUUCCUCAAAGUAAAUUCAACUAGUCAGACAAAAACCUGAUACCAAAGUGGCUGCACGUUGUGUGUUGAGUUUGAACAAGAAAUAAAAAUUGUAUAUGAAAAAGAUUAAAACAACAACAGAAAAAAAUUUUACGGAAAAAUAUCAACAAAUUUAAAUCAAUUAAAUAAAAAUUGAAACGGCGCCGAAUUAAAAAAAAAAACAUUUGUCAACAUUGUGUUAUAGAAAAACUUGGUGACAUUAAUAUUCAAAAAAAAUAUUAAAACAAAUAUUAAAAAAUGAAUUGGUUUCUGCUGCUUUUAAUUCUAAAACUUUUUACCAAUAUUUGGGCUGCACCCAUAGAUCUAUUAGAAGUCAAGGAUGACAUUCAAGUGGAACAAAAUAUUUCAAAUGGUUUCAUUAAUAACAAUUUAAAUGGCACCAUCGAUCAAGCAAAUACUUUGCUUAAAACAGCAGAAGAUGAACUCAAUAGCUCCUCUUUACAACUAACUGAAAAUCUCAAUGAAAAUACUCCGAAAAUCUCCACAGAUUUGCACAAUUUUACAGCUGAAGAAGAAAAUGUUGUGGAAUCAAAUUUUGAAAAAGAGACAACCGAAAAGAUUUCUGAAGUAACAACCACAACAGAGGUGAAUGGAGAUGAAAUUGGUGCAAUGUCAAACUCUGUUACGAUUAUACCUCAUGAGGAAAUUGAACAUGAGGAGAUUUCCCUAACCACUGAAAGUCCAUUAGAGAUUUCAAGAGAUGUUGGAGAUUCUGUUAAUUUCAGCAGUGAGCCUGUACUGCCAGCAAAUGCUGAACCAAGAAAUAAUGCAGAUAUUAUAUUAACGGAACCAGCUGUAACUGAAUUUGUUUCCAACGAUGUGAAAACCUCAACAGAAGUGGGAACAAUUAAGGAUGUUAUUGGCACUCCAGCAAAUGAAGAAAGUUUAAUCGAGUCCAUGGAGAUACUCGAAAAUAAAACCGAUGAAAGUACAGAAAAGAUUUCAACAACUUUAAAUGAAUUUGAAACAGAAAAAGUUUCUAGCAAUAGCCAAGAUAAUUUGGAACACACUACUCAAGCAUCUAAUCCUGAAGCAACUACUACUCCAAAUACUCCGACAAUUGUGGAAAUUUUAAAUGAAAAUGUCGAACAAAUUUAUAAUCUAUCCGAAAAAUUAGUUGAAAGCUCGGUCAGUAAUCAGGAUUCAACAACCGUUAAUGAUUUAGAAGAAACUUUUACUCCCACAACUGAAGAAAUUUCUGCUACAUCCAUUGAAAACAAUAAUAAUGUUAACAAACAAUCUGCAAUGGAGGUGACAACACAUCAUUACCCAGAAGUAAGUUCCACUGAAACUCCCGCCUUAAAAGAGACUGUAGAUUCAUUCAUAAAUCAAGUAACAAAUAUUGGUAGUAGUAUAGGAAAAGAAGCUGAAGAAUUAAGAUUUGAUGCUUCAAUGAUACAUGCAGCAACGGAGAAUUUCAUUAAUCCUGAAUCACCUGUCGUUAUGCAAGAAAAUAUGACGGAAUCUCAGAAACCUUUAGUUGCCGAAUACGAAGAUAACUCCGAAAAGGCGCCAACUUUUAAAGAAGCAGUUGAUUCGUUUAUUGAAGAAGUUGUAGAAAUUGGUAGCAAGUUAGGCUUAAUUCCAGAGGAAAAACCGGUUAAGGAAAUUCCCACAACAACCGAGCCUUUAAGCGAGCUUAUAAAUAUAGCAACUACUCCUGCCCCCGAAAUGAAAGAAACAGCCGAAAGUAAUGAUUCCUCCACUGAUUCACCUGUGCUCGAAAUGGAAGGUAAAACUGAAGAAAUUAUUAUUAAUGCAACUACUCCUUCUUUGGAAAUUUUAGCUGAAAAUCAGAAUAACAAUUCAGAUUUAGUUCAAAAUUCCGAAAAUUCCAACUUUGGACGAUCUGCUGAGACAUUAAUCGAAGCAGCUUCCGAAAUUGGUAAUAACUUUAGUAAAACAUUCUCUAAUUUAUUUACUACAAAUGAAAAUGAACCAGAAACCAAUAAACUCAAUGAAAGUUUAAUGGGAAAAACUAGUUCAGCGGAGCAAAGCAAUUCGGAAAAUUCCGAAAUUUCGAGUACCCAAGUUCCAAUUGUAACUUUUCAAGGAGAUUUCCCAAAAUACUCUAUUAUAAAUCAUGAAAACAUUGAAGUGCCAUCCACAACUCCUGCUGAAGAAAGUACAGAAACCAUAGACGAACAUCAUGAAAAUAAAGAAGAUAUUCCAAAAGAUAGUGAAAACAUCACCCAGAAAGCUUUACAACAAACUCCAGAAGAUAUUAAACCUAAGGAGGAAGAACAAUUUGGCAAACAUGAAAGUUUAUCUUAUCCUGCUGAAGAAAUUACAAAAACUUCGGAAGAUCUAAGUGAAAAUAAGGAAGAUAUGAAACAAGAAAAUGAAAACUUCACCAAACAAAUUGUACCACAAACUCCAGAGGAUAUUAAACCCACGGAAGAGGAACAAUCUGCCAAAUAUGCUGAAUAUAUACCAGUAGCGGUAAUAACGAUACCAGAAGAUGAAGGAGAUUCUACAAAACAAAACGAACAUUCUGAACCACAGAUAUUAUUUGGUGAAACCAACGAAACAAGGUCGGAACCAGAACCGCAAGCAUCACAAGGUGAGGAAUCAAUAGAUAAAAAUGAACAACUAGAGAAAAUGAACAGUGAACAACCCACUCAAACGAAUGAGGAAAACGAAAGUGAAAAAGCAAGCGAAAAUAUGAAUCAAGAUGUCAUUCACAAAACUGAAGAAUACACCUCCUUAGCUCCAACAUCACAAGAAACUACCACAACCAAUUCUCCCGUCGUUAUCGUAGAAGAAACUACACAUGCCUUAAAUAAAUUUGAAAAUACUUUAAAAACUUUAAUUGAACAAGAAAAACUCAAACAUGAAGAGAGACAUGCAACCGCUCUGGAAACCAAUCAACAAGAAACUACCACAUUAGCGCCUACCACAAAAUCAUCCAUUGCUCAUCAGGAAGAACCCACCAUUACCACUACCACAACACAGUCGCUGGAAGAAACCACCAUGUUGCCUAAAAAGUUUGAAGAAGAGUUACAAAUGGCUGUUAAGGCUUUAGAGGAAACUACACACCAUCAUUUUGAAGAGUUCCAAAGUAAUCUUAAAGAAGCUUUCAAAAAGUUCACCGUUUGGGGAGCUGAACAUGAGAGACCCGAAACGACCACCAGCGCUACCACAACAAUAUUCAAGACUGAACUUAAUGAGGCUACAACAACAGAAACAGAAACUACACAACAAUCCCUAUCCGAACAGCCUACGACAAUGAUGCCAGAGGUAGACAACAACCAAGACAAAACUGAUGUUGUGUUAGAGGAAACUUUAAAAACUGAAGAACCUCAUCGUAUUGGUGUCAUCAAUCAAAAUUUUGUAGACAAAUUUGCUGAUAAUUAUGUAGAAUCUCCUGUGGCAACCAACAAAGAAACGCAAAUGGUUAAGGAGCAAUCUAGUCAGUUAUCGGAAAUGCAGGAAAGUGUGAUUGAAAUGGAACAAACUACUAAAACUCAUAUGGAUUUGACUACCAUGUUACCAGUUGAAGACGAAAUUAAGAGUGUUCCACAAGAGCAGGAGGAUGUUAAAACAGCUGAGAGUUUCAUGGAGGUUACUAGCAUUAAUAACGAUGAUGAUUUAAAAGAAGUUUUGACUCCCAUUGCUGAAAAUAUUGUUAAAGAAAGUAAUGCCGAAAGUGUGGAGACUACAACAGAAUACAUUGCAGAAACUAGUGCUACACCCCUACUGGCCCGAGUUACUUUGCAAAAAGACUUCAAUAGUGUUUCGCUCGUUCCGGAUAAUGAACAAAACACAGUUGUGCCUAUACAAGAGCCUACAGCAUUACAACCAGAUUCAGAACAAAUAAAAGAAAUCCACACAGAAACAACCCAAAAUACAGAAGCACUGGAGGAAGCUACUACACUGCCAACGUUUGAAACCUCCGUAAAAGAAAUGGUUACAUUUAUUGAACACAACGACACCACAACUGUCAAACAAGAACAGGAAACGAGGAAGAAGACUCAGUCACCACAAUUCAAACACAGACACAGGAACCGUUAA